CAUCCAAUUGUUCUACCAGUAUGGAUCAACAGAAAUUAAUAAUAAAUAAAAAAAUAGAGUUACGUGGCAGCUGAUUACGUAACAGCAGAGCAACAGGUGCGUUAAUAAUAAAUAAAAAAAUUAGAGUUACGUGGCAGCUGAUUACGUAAUAGCAGAGCAACAGGUGGAGGUUAUGUGGCAAAAGGUGCGAACACGUCACAACAGGUGGAGGCAGGUGGAGGGGAUGUGAUAAAAGCUGUAGCAGUUGAGCAGGGAGUGAUAGAGGUGACAUAGUAACGGUUGCAGUGUGAUCAGAGCUGACAGAGUAACGGUUGGAGUGUGAUAUAGUGGUGUGAUAUAGUGGAAGCUGCACUCAACAUUUAUUGCUUGUUGCUACGUUUCAAUUGGGAGAUGUAUACACCAAAUGUCGCCAAGCCCAUGGCACCCAAGGUCAACCCAGUGUCCCGCCAGAACUUUGAUGUGCUCAGUGUUCUGGGAGCUGGAGGUUUCGGAAAGGUAUUCCUGGUGCGGAAAACAGACGGUGCAGAUUCUGGCCGUCUGUAUGCGAUGAAGGUACUGGAAAAGGCUGACAUCAUGAAGACAAAGAAAUUUAUUGAAUACACGAAGACAGAAAGACAAGUGCUGGAGGAAGUCAAGUGCUCCCCAUUCCUGAUAGAGCUGCAUUAUGCCUUCCAGACGUCUGAGAAGUUACAUCUAAUUCUUGCACUGGAUUGGAUGUGCUGCUGCAAGUGGGGAGACAACCACCUUCUCCCCUGGCCACCCCGUUCGCCAGAUCUCACACCAUGUGAUUUCUUUCUUUGGGGGUUCGUUAAAGACAACAUUUAUGUACCACCAUUGCCCACGUCCAUCCAUGAACUUCAUGAUUGGAUAACGCAUGCACUGCAGGCCAUUACAGCAGACAUGCUACAUUGUGUGGAUGUGUGUUGUGUGACCCAGGGUGCACACAUUGAAGAUUACGUCUGUGGAGGGGACCUCUUUGCCCACUUUUGUGAACAGCAAGAAUUUCCUGAAAAGGAUGUGUGCUUCUAUGUGGGCGAAGUGGUUCUAGCUCUGGAACAACUUCAUAAGAUCGGGGUCAUCUACAGGGAUUUGAAGCCCGAGAAUUUGUUAAUUGACAAAGAAGGACACCUUAUUCUUACAGAUUUCGGGCUGUCUAAGAAGUUUAUGCCAAACGAGACGCCUCGUACAUACUCUUAUUGUGGCACCCUAGAGUACAUGGCCCCAGAAGUUGUUCAGGAAGCCCCCUCCGGACAUGGAAUGGCAGCAGACUGGUGGAGCACUGGAAUUCUGACAUGCGAACUGCUAACAGGAAAUCAUCCCUUCAGUGUUAAGGGGAAAAGAAGAUAUGAGGAGCGUUUACGACGCCGCAUCCUAACUGCAAAACCCCGCAUCCCAAAUAGUAUAUCACCUGAGGCGUCAGAUUUUAUAUUAAAAUUGCUGGUGAAGGAUCCAGAGAAACGUUUGGGUGGAGGAGAGAAUGGUGCAGAAGAUGUAAAAAGGCACCCAUUCUUCAGAGAUAUCAACUGGACUGCUCUGGGGCAGAAACGAAUUUCAGCCCCAUUUACACCUAUUUCAUCAAACAAGAUGGAUGCAACACAAAUCUCUGACGAACCUGAUACUCCAUCCAGUUCACAUAGGACUUCACCACUGAGUUCUGACAGCACAUUCAGGGGAUAUUCCUAUGUAAGACCAAUGCCUAGUGAAAAUGUGUUCAGUGGUCAGCCGACUGGAGACAGUUUUUUCAACUCAGAAAAUAUUUUAUCCUUCAAAUUCGAGGAAUCCCUUUUCUUUGAGAACUAUGAGUUGGAUCUCAAAGAUGGAAUACUUGGAUAUGGAAGUUUCUCAGUGUGCCGUAAGUGCACAAAUCGGCAAACAGGGAAGGAGUUUGCAGUGAAAAUAAUGACUCACAAGAUUGACUGCACACAGGAAAUCAAUUUACUGCUCAUGUGCCAGGGCCAUCCAAAUAUUGUCCACCUUCAUGAAGUAUAUUAUGAUGAGGCACAUACUUACAUUGUUUUGGAGCUCUUACGGGGUGGUGAGCUACUGGACAGAAUCAGGAAGAAAGGUAGAUUCACCGAGACUGUGGCAAGUCAGAUUAUGAGGCAACUCAUCUCAGCCCUCAACUUUAUGUAUUCUUGUGGGGUUGUGCACCGAGAUCUCAAGCCUGAGGUAUGUGAAUCAUCAUCACCACCACCACCACCAUCACUGUCCGUGCUGUCAUCUGUGUGGCAGUGCGCAACCAUCACAUUGGUAAGGGCAAUACCAAAAAUGUGA